UUAAAAAAGUUUUCCUGGGCUCACCAAUACUUGUGCAGGGGUGUGUGCGUGAGUGUGAGAGAGUCUUCUGGCAGACUGACCUUGAGCUUCUGGUAGAAGAACUGCUCCAUAGAAGCAUCGUGCACAGAUCUGAAUAUGUAGGUGGGCAAGGAGCAACAGGGCUUCGAAUUGAGAAAACGCUGUGGAUGGAAGCUAGAGGUUCUUUCUUUUGCUGCCAGGCAGGGAACUACAAUUGUAUGUUCUUCCUCCCCUCAACUCCUACUUAGGGAACUUCCUUAUGUAGCCAGCAGCCUGCCCCUACUCUCCACAGGAAAUACAGGAGAGCUUUCGGGGCCAGCUGGAUUUCUGUUUGAUUGCUGGCCCGGGGGAAGACCCCGUGAAGGGAAGGCACAUUUAUCAAGAGCAAGCUGUGCUGGGCGCACACACUUCCCUGGUGGUCAUCACUACGAUAAUGGGAGGAAUGUUCUAGUUCCAGUCAAGUGGGUGUGUGAACAGCUGUCCAGAGCAGAGUUCUGUGGAUCCUCCCUGCUUCAGGGCCCAGCCUAGAGUGGACUUGGGCUCUUGGCUUCUAAGCUGUUGUUUUUUAUGAUUGACUUUCCUGUCAAUUGCAUGCAGCCCUUUUUCCCAGUAACUGCAGCCAAAACUGACUUAGUCACCAGGGCCAACAGUGUUUUUGUGCCAUUCCCAGGGAUUAUUUUAUUGUUUAGAAGGCUCUAGACUUGGUUACAGGUUUGUCAGCUGGUUGGGGAGUGAGGCCAUUGCUUCUCCAGAGGACAUUCUAAAAAGCCACAGGUACUUCUGGAAAGAGAAAGGAUCUUUUUAGAACCUGGAGGGAGCAGUUGACUGCAAAGGGCUGCUGGCUGUAGCACGUGCCUGCUUUCAGCUCUGUGUGACCGCUUGGCCACAAGCCAGUAUGCAUCUAUUCCUGGGCAAGUGGACCUGCUAAAAAUACACAGGCAGGAGUUUAAUUCCAGCAGAUUCAAAAUAGCUAAGUGUCCUCCUCACCAGCCUAGGGCAGGGCUGUGAAGCAUCCUCGUGGGAGGCUUUCCCUGAUUGCAGGCAGCCUGUUUCUGGGGGGCAGAAACUGGUCUUGGAACAGUUUCCAGUUAGCUUGUGGGUGUAGAGUAUGGGGGCCUUUGGGACCUGUAGAGUUCAGUCCACUUAUAUCUUGGGAGGUUUAAGGUUUAAAAACCAAGUGCUUAGGACACUAGGGAAUGGAGGUAGUGGGGAGGAAGCUUUGUGAGGGUAAAGGGUGUGUGUGUGUGUGUGUGUGUGUGUGUGUGUGUGUGUGCACGCGCGCGUGCGUGCGUGCGUGCUCGCGUGCAUUUAAAUUAGGGAAAUGGCCUCUUAACUAAUUCCCUAGAAGGCUGUUUGGCCGACAUGAGACUGCCUGGGGUGAGGAAGAGAUGGGCUAUUUGUUUCCUUGUGGGGUAAAGAGGCAUCAGUUGCCUCAGAGAAUCUCCUAUGGGUGCUUCCUGGCACCAGAUACCCUUAAGGUGACACCGCUGGACUCUGGACUCGGUGUAGCUACUUCACAUCGCCUCCAAGAUGGCAAUCCAGUUCCGUUCACUCUUCCCCUUGGCCUUGCCUGGAAUGCUAGCACUCCUUGGCUGGUGGUGGUUUUUCUCUCGUAAAAAAGAUCGGCUCAGCAGCAAUGGCAAGCAGGUGGGGACAUUGAAGGUUGGCCCUGCCAUCGAGGACCGACUGCCCACUGAAGAGGCCUGUCCUGGAGUCCUGUCUGUGACCCCCAGUGUCACACAGCCUCCUGGAAAGGAAGAGCAGCGCUCUAUGGACAGGCCUCUUACAGAUCCCCCAGCCUUGCCAAGGACCCGUCAAGUUCGCCGAAGAUCAGAGUCCUCAGGCAACCUCCCCAGCAUUGUAGACACAAGGUUGCAGGCAGGACAGUGCAGAGAUGAGAAUUCAAAAGUGGUACUCUCCCUGAUGGGGGACGAAGCCAAAUCUAUUCCUCUUGGACGUCCGCUUUUCCCAAAGGAUCUGUCCUUCCCCUAUGAAGCAGUGGAAGGGUGUAAGCAAGAGUCUGCCCUGGGCAGAACUCCUGGGAGAGGCUGGCUAAGCCAGUGUGCAGCCUCUGGAGAGAACGCGAGAGAGACGGGUGGGGCGGAAGGGACUGGAGAUGCUGUGUUGGGGGAAAGUGUACUUGAGGAAGGCCUAUUGCCCCAGGAGUGUGUUUCAGAAGUAGAGAAGAGUGAGUUUCCGAUCCUAGCUCCCGGGGGAGGCGGGGGAGAGAAGGUGAGAAGUGGCCCACCACAGGUAGAUGAGCUUUUAAAGAAGGAAGAAUAUAUUGUUGGGAAGUUGCCAAGUAGCUUUGUGGGGCCAGUUCACUCGGAGCUGGUUAAGGAUGAGGGUGCGCUGGUACCCCAAGUCAAAGGUAGCCAGGACAGAAGCCUGGCUAGAGAACUGGACAAAGACAAGACCUUGCCUGAAAAGGACCAGAUUGAGCAGACUGCCUUCCAGAUCAUCUCCCAGGUGAUCUUGGAAGCGACUGAAGAGAUACGGGCCACCACAGUGGGCAAGACUGUGGCACAAGUGCAUCCAACCCCGGGCACUCAGCCUCAGGGGCAGGAGGAGAGCUGUGUCCCAGCCAGCCAGGAAACUAGCUUGGGACAAGAAAUCCCAGAUCCUGCUUCCACCAGAACAGGUGCCACUGCCAGCCCUUCAGCAGGAGCCCCACCACCAAAGACCUAUGUGAGCUGUCUCAGCAGUCCUCUGUCAGGCCCCACCAAGGACCAGAAGCCAAAGAACUCUGCACACCACAUCUCCCUGGCUCCCUGCCCACCGCCAGUUACCCCCCAGAGGCAGUCUCUGGAUGGGGCAAGUAACCCGAGAGGUGAUGACACCUUUGUCACCUGUACGUCCAACAACAGCCAGAGUGUCCUUUCAGUUACCUCCUUGGGGCUGUGCUCAGACCCUGUCAGUACUUCGAGGCUUGAAGACUCUUGCACAGAGACCAUCUCAAGCUCCGGAGACAAAGCUGUCACCCCACCACUGCCAGACAGUACUGAGCCCUUCAGCAAUGGGGUGCUGAAGGAGGAGUUGUCAGACUUGGGGACCGAGGAUGGAUGGACCAUGGAUACAGAAGCAGAUCAUUCAGGAGGUUCUGACGGGAACAGUAUGGAUUCAGUGGAUAGCUGUUGUGGGCUUACGAAACCUGAUAGCCCCCAGACUGUCCAGGCAGGCUCCAACCCUAAGAAGGUUGACCUCAUCAUCUGGGAGAUCGAGGUGCCAAAGCAUUUAGUUGGUCGACUGAUUGGCAAGCAGGGACGGUACGUGAGUUUUCUGAAGCAGACGUCUGGUGCCAAGAUCUACAUCUCCACCCUGCCUUACACACAGAACAUCCAGAUCUGCCACAUAGAAGGCUCUCAGCAUCAUGUGGACAAAGCUCUGAACUUGAUUGGGAAGAAGUUUAAGGAGCUGAACCUCACCAAUAUCUAUGCACCACCGCUGCCUUCUCUGGCACUGCCUUCCCUGCCGAUGACAUCGUGGCUCAUGCUGCCUGAUGGUAUCACUGUGGAAGUCAUCGUGGUCAACCAGGUCAAUGCUGGGCACCUAUUUGUACAGCAACACACACACCCCACCUUCCACGCACUGCGCAGCCUGGACCAGCAGAUGUACCUCUGUUACUCUCAGCCUGGAAUCCCCACCUUGCCCACCCCAGUGGAAAUAACGGUUAUCUGCGCUGCCCCUGGUGCGGACGGGGCCUGGUGGCGAGCCCAAGUAGUGGCCUCCUAUGAGGAGACCAAUGAGGUGGAGAUUCGCUACGUGGACUAUGGUGGAUAUAAGAGGGUGAAAGUCGACGUGCUCCGGCAAAUUAGGUCUGACUUUGUGACCCUGCCAUUCCAAGGAGCAGAAGUCCUUCUGGACAGUGUGGUUCCGCUGUCAGAUGAUGAUCACUUUUCACCCGAGGCAGACGCAGCCAUGAGUGAGAUGACAGGCAAUACAGCACUGCUGGCCCAGGUGACAAGCUACAGUGCAACUGGCCUUCCUCUGAUUCAGCUAUGGAGUGUGGUUGGAGAUGAAGUGGUGUUGAUAAACCGGUCGCUGGUGGAGCGGGGCCUGGCACAGUGGGUAGACAGCUGCUAUGCCAGCCUUUGACCGUGGCUCCUGGGCUGCUUCGGUCUUCUUUGCACUGUUGAGAUUGGGUUUGGCACCCAGGACAGAGAUUUAACAGCAGAGUAACGAACACUGUUCUCACUGAGUCUUCUUUCCCCAUUCUGUAGUCCUGUGGAGAAGGAGACUCCUCCCAGGAGGAGCUGGGUAUCCUUUCAAAGCCUUAGAGUGGCGGGCGCUUCACCAGCCAGCUGGCUUAGCCUGGCUGGAGGCUGUCUGGCGGGAGGUCUCUCAGCCAGGCUGUCCCAUUCCCAUCCCAUCCGUUCCCCUCUCCCCACCCAAACCCCACACACUGCAGCAGGCAGGCCAGGGCGGGUGUGGGGCUGGCUGAGAGGGUCAAUUUCAGAGUCUUUAUUCAGGGAGUGAGACACGGACUAAUCGGUAUGGAUUCCCUGUGUGGCUCACUUGGAUGAGUUGACGGUGUUUAGCAGUUUUUAUAUACUUCCUCCGGGUCUCUGGGAACUCAAGACUUUUUUAAACAUAGGUGUAAAUAAGGAGCGAUUGUCACACCUGACCCCAGUGAGUGGGGAGAGGGGAAGCUAUUAUCUUGCCAAGCCUGGUUGUAAUUUGUAACCAUUUUCUAUUUGUGCAAACUCUGUAAAUAUGUUUAAAAAUGUAAUAUUUUGUACAAGACACACUGGAGAACAAAGGGAACUUAAAACUCUUCCACAAGUCCACCCAUCCCAUGGAGUGGGACUAACUCCCCUGCUGCUCCAGCCAGGGGCCCUGAGCUUCUGUGCAGACAGGAAGCUGUAUGGGAGACUGUCAUUGGGGAUUUGAUUUUUUUUUCCUGUACGCAUUUAAAAAAAACCUUCAUUGGAUUACCUUGCAGUGGUGUGUUUGACUUUUAUAGGCUGUCUUUAGCAUUGUGCAAUUUAAGAAUAACUUAAGUAUCAUGGACUUUACAUAAAUUUUGAAUUGUAUAAACUAUAA